GGAAGAGCAGGCGCUUCAUGGUGGCAGCGGAAGCGGAGAGCGACAGCGUCCCGAUUGAAGUGGUGCCAUGCAGCAAGAAGCAGAGAGAUGUAGAGUUCGAACCAAAAGGCCUGACAUGGCACUCUAUGUACCUAAAGCUCGAAGGGGAACAGCUCUCCUCAAGUCAAGUGACCAGGAGGAAGGCCAUGGGCCUCCUGCCUUUGUGCCAAAAGAUCAAAAAGAAGGUUGUCUUCCCCAGAAGAUCUCUGCAAGUAAACCCGAGUCCCAGAGACGAGGUGCAGGCCAUUCUGAUAGGAAGGAUGUUGACUGUAGGGAAGGAAAGAGAUCUGCAUCACAACUAAGGAAAGACAGGUGCCCACAAAAACAGAAUAAAGAGAAGGCUUGUUCUAAGAAAGGAGCUGAAGAAUCCACAGAAGCCUCAUCCCAAGAACAUCAACACAGAGCUCCCGACGCUGGGAUUGUAUCUAGUAUACCUUUACAAAGACUUUUUAAACCAAAGGACAUGGACUGUUGGGAAGUUCAGACUGCGGGAGCGACAGGACACUGGCGGGUGUCUCCAUCUCAGUCUUCCUCAGAAGUCAGUGCUGCUCAGGUUCCAAGCAGACCAUUCCAGAAUGUGGAACUCUGUGAUUUCAGUGGGGAAACUUUUGUAAAUAGAAAUUUGGAAAGCAGCAUUGUAACUGAGGCCAAAGUUCCAGAGCUAGUCUCCCAAUUUCCUCAAGUUGUUACCACUCUGCUGAAACCAGAUGGUAUGGCUAUGCCAGUAACACUAAGUUCUGAUUCUGAAACUGCACCAUCCAGUCUGGAAACACCAGAUGGGAUGUCAAAGCACAGUCCUGGGGACAUCUCUGUGGUUUCUGUUCCUGGAGGUCCAGAUGAAGAUGUUGAUUCAACUUUUGUAGACUUUGAAGUUGAGAGUGAGGGUACAGUCAACAGUACAGAGUCUGUCUUGGGUCAAAAAGGUGUAGAUUCCAUUCUUGAGACUGUGGAUAACGUUUCUCUUAAAAUGGCGGUAGUCAGCAAAUUAGAGAGCACAAAUGGCACUAUUGAUCCAGCAGUGACUAGAGAAUGUGAGAGUGACAGCUCUGCUGAUGAGUUAUGUGUAAAGUCUGAACCUUCUGAUACAGCGGUCCUCGUGCAUGAAAUAGACACAGAUGAUGGAUUUAGGAAUGUAUGUGACAGUACCAGCAAGGCUUGUAUGGUGGACAUUGCAGGUACAGCUUGUGACCCUGUAACUGAAGGCAGCUCUUGUACAGGUGCAGUUGGAGAAUCUGGUGAGAGUAGUGGCAACAUGAGAAAUUUCUCAGAUUAUAUAGAAAUGAGUGCAGAUGUAGCUCCACUUGAUAGAGCUAAGAGUGAGAACGACUCUGAAAACAUUAGCAGCCUAAGUGCUUGCUCAGAUAUUUAUGCUGAGAGUAUUGCAUCUGGUUUUACAGAGUCAACAGGAAAGUUGAUAGAAAGUGUGUCAGAUGGUGCUUCCUCUUUACCCAUAAAGAAGACUGCUGAUAGUAAUAUUGCCACUUGUCUGGACUCUGAACUGAGUAUGUCAGAUGCAUCAGACGUACUUUUGGAGAGUGCCUUGGGCAGUGAUCUGGAUACCACUGAGGAGAUGACAGAGGCCUUGCACGACCUAAAAACUGCUGAAGAGUUUAAAACAAAAGAGGAAGAUUACUCAGAGAGUGUAGUGUGUGGCAUAUCAUUUUCUGAUUCAUCUGUGGAAACAUCUGUAGAUCUAAAAACAACAGACACUUCUCACAUACAAGGAAGUAGUGCUGUGGAGGAAAGCUGGGAAUCUAUGUUUAAUGAUGAUGGUGAUUGUGUAGAUCCACGUCUUCUACUAGAGUUAUCUGGGAAUGUGAAGAACAGAAAAAGCAUCCAGGAGCCUAGAUUUGAUUAUUACAGCCAUGAACUUCCUGAUAUUGACCUCAGUGAAUGUGAAUUCCCACAUGUCAUUGAAAUUUAUGAUUUUCCUCAAGAAUUUCGUACAGAAGACCUUUUGCGGAUUUUCUGCAGUUACCAAAAGAAAGGAUUUGAUAUUAAGUGGGUAGAUGACACACAUGCCUUAGGAGUUUUCGCCAGCCCAAUCACAGCUCGCGAUGCCCUGGGUACUAAACAUACCAUGGUGAAGAUCCGGCCCUUGUCACAGGCCACAAGAGCAGCCAAGGCCAAAGCUAGAGCGUGUGCUGAGUUUCUCCAGCCAGCAAAGGAACGACCUGAGACUUCAGCAGCCUUAGCCAGAAGGCUAGUCAUCAGUGCCCUUGGGGUUCGAAGCAAACAGAGCAAAACUGAACGGGAAGCAGAGCUCAGGAAACUGCAGGAAGCCCGAGAGAGAAAACGGUUGGAAGCCAAGCAACGGGAAGACAUCUGGGAAGGCAGAGACCAGUCUGUGGUUUGAAUAUCAGUUCCUGAAAGGAAUGAAUCCAUGAUUGGGAAGUGGUUGAUAUUCUUGAGACAAGAGGAUCUUUCCAGAGCUGUGCACAUGCAGAUGAGCAUGUUAAAGAAAACAUGAACAAAACAGACGACUUGGAGAACGAGGGUCCAGUCCUCACUCUUGAAUUCAGACCUGUCCACUGUGACAGAGACGUUAAAAGGAACUGUCAUGUGGGAAGGAAAAUGGAAGUGGCUUCUAAGCGUCCUGGGUGGAGCAGGUCAUCUUCAUGUGGGUCAGGCCUCCAGGAAGUCUGAAGCAAAUGUAAAGCAAAACAGGAUUCAAGCCUGCAGUGAUAGGAGUCGGAGGUCCGUGGCAGGGCAGGGCGCUCCUUAGUACUUCUCAGAGUUGAGAACUGCAGGAUGAGGGGCAGCAGUAAGACAGGGAGAGGAAACAGCUCACAGACAGGAGUGCCUGGUGCACUCAGCCCGUACAGAGACUACACUGCUGGCCCAGAACUCCAGAGCCCCUGAACCGCAGCGCAUCGUGGGUGUUUGUUCCUGAGUGUGUACUAAGCUUGGGGCCUGGUACUUGGGCCUGCACAGCAGCCGGGUCUGCUACCUUCCUUCCUCACAAGGACCAGCCCUAGGGAACUGAGUGCCGCUCCAGUUUAAUCAGUGAUAUCUUGUGAGAGGGAAAAAUUAAAGGCUAUUUUAUAACAUAAAUCAUUAUGGUGUUUAUAAAUCUUAACCCCCAUCCAAAAGCCAACAUCAGAAGAAGAAAACAGAAAAACCUGUAAAUGAGUUCUCUAGUCUUCAAGUCUCUGAUGGUGUGCCUGGUUUAGACAGGUACUAACUUUUAUCAGCCCAGUGAGUAUAGUGCUCUCUGUCUUCUCUGCCCUAGAGUAGAUCCCUAAGUGCCGUCGUGGCAGUUCUGUGUGGCAGCUUCUCUUGCCCUCGUCUCCUCAUGCAUCUUCCCUCCAACCUCUUGCGUUGUUUUUCCAUAGCCGUCAAAUCUGACACCCUGCAGGAAACGUCUGGCUCCCAGUGUGUUCUUGGUACGAUCUUAGCCUGUGCCAGAGGGGCUUGGCAAGCAGGCCCAGACCAUGCAGUACAGUGAUGGGCCGAGCCGCCGGACAGCUUAGAGCCACCAGCUCAGCCUUUUCUGUCUCACAGCGGCCUUCUUGGUGGUUUUGGAAAGUCGUUCUGUGCUGAGGAGACGGUAGUGCUGGUCUCUAAGGUGCUGAAGUGGCAGGAACCGGUGUCACAUUGUGUUUUCAACUGGGGCAGAAGUUGCUUUUAUUCCCGUGACAAUGAUGGAUUAUUAGCUUUGUCUAGAACGUGGUAGAAUGGGGCUCUUCAAAUAUCCCUCGAUGACCCUGGCCUUGGCUCUGAGUCCUGACCUGCCCCUCUUGCUAGUCCCGGCUGGAGCUCUGUCACAGUUCUUCAGCAUUGUUUCUUCACUCCAGGCUUGCCUUUCCAGAGGCUCUGUACAGUGCCACCUUCCAUAUGUGGGAAAGCAUUGUUUUCUUGGUCCUCUGUUUCUGCUCAAGUCUUCAGCUGUGUUCACUCUGCUCGCUCUGCUCUGUUUGAGCAGUGAAUACAAUGAAAG